AUGACUUACCUGACCGACUCACCACCUCUCCCACCCCUUUCAGUCCUCUUUCCCCACUUACAAUCCGAUGCCACGACUCUUCCCGGGUCCACGGACCCAUUCACCAUUACCACCGCCACCGGCUUCCUCCCAUGUCGCCCGCCGGUAUUGCGCCUGCCCGCACAAUUCGAUGCCCUCUCUUCCAUUCUCGAUGACAUGCCCAUCGUCAAAGCUGAUGGGUCGCCCGGCCUCCUGGCAUCUUUCAAACUUGGGGCCCUGAUCGACUCCGGUGCUCUGCCGGACCUGACCUCCCACAUCGACGACUUACGGGUACAGCUUAACAAGAUUGGUUCAGAGAAAGAUUACGACCUCGAGGCCAUCACGGCUCUAUUCCGGGACUACAGUUUCCUCGCCAGUGCAUAUUUGCUGGAACCAUGUUGGGCGACGUGGUCCAAGGACCAUGAUGCUGGUUAUGGUCUGGGGAGAGCUGUGUUACCCCGGUGUAUCGCCGCACCGUUGGUUAAGGCGGCCGAUAUCCUUGACAUCCCCCCCUUUAUGUCGUAUGCCGCGUCAUACGCACUGUACAACUACAGCCUUGCUCGUCCAAACCUCGGCGCGAGCGUGUAUGACAACUUGCGACUCGUCCGCGCAUUCGAACGAGGGCUUGACCCUACUAGUUCCGAGGCCGGCUUCAUUCUCACUCAUGUCCAUAUGGUACAAGAGUCCGGGCCAUUGAUCUCAGGGGCGGUGGAUCUUUUGUCGACCAUUGAAAACGUGCCUUCCGACACGGGUGCCGCGAUAUUGGCCUUCCAAACCAUGCUCUCCGCCAUGACUCGAAUCGAGACACACAUGGAGCAAAUGUGGACGCACUCGCUACCUAAAGACUACCUGUCCUACCGCACCUUCAUCUUUGGAAUUACAUCUCAGUCGAUGUUUCCAGACGGGGUCAUCUAUCAGGGGACUCGAUAUGGCGACUCCAAGCAUCUCUAUUUCCGUGGCGAGUCGGGCGCGAAUGACAGCAUCAUUCCCUUGCUAGAUCAUCUCCUAGAGAUCCCCAUGCCCAAGAAUCCGCUCACUGAGAUUCUAAAAGAUUUCAGAUCCUAUCGACCUAAGCCACACAGAGACUUUCUGGGAUGGGUCAUGAGCAAGAGCGCCGAAGUUGGUGUAAGGGCGUACUGCUCUGCUAGCCGUGAUAACGCGGAAAAUGGUGCCAAUGACGACAGCUUGCUUCUCCCGACCCAUUACCUCAAACUUCUUGAACGUGUCCGCAGUUUCCGCUGGCGCCACUGGCUGUUUGCCAGAGAAUACAUUAUCAAGCGCUCCCCACACCCCACAGCUACAGGCGGAAGUCCAAUCGUGACAUGGUUGCCCAAUCAGCUUUUCGCCGUCAUGGAUGUUAUGGAGGCCGUUUACGAAGAGAGUGGACUGAAAGCCGUCGUUGAGAGCGACCAGAGCGAAGUCUUAGCGGAAGCCAAAGUUGUCAAGGGGAUGAUGGAGAAUGUAGCCACACAAAAGGACAAGUUGGAUCGCGAAGUUAGAAGAUAUUGUGCCGAAAGAGAUGCCUGA